AUGCAUCUUAUCUGGGAGAACGUUAUGAAGAACCUCAUGCAGCUUUGGACGGGGCAGUACAAGGGACUCGAUUGCGGCUCUGGCGACUACGAGAUCGAACCGACGGUUUGGGAGGCGGUUGGUGCAGCCAGUGCGGAGGCGGGUAACUAUAUCCCCUACGUCUUUGGUCCGCGGCCGCCCAACGUCGCCAGUGACAAGACAUCAUGGACGGCAGAUACGCGGUCAUUUUGGACACAAUACAUUGGCCCAGUCCUCCUCGAGCGGCGCUUCAAGCAUCGCAGAUACUACGAUCACUUCGUUCUUUUUGUCAAGCUCAUCCGACGCUGCUUACAGUUCGAGAUCACGAGUGAUGAGCUCGCCGAGAUCCGGACCGGGUUUGAGCAAUGGGUUCUCCAGUAUGAGGAGUUCUAUUAUCAGCAUAACCCCGAUCGACUUUCUGCUUGCCCUGUCACGAUCCACGCGCUCCUGCAUAUAGCGGACAGCAUUAUGAAUGCGGGCCCGGUUUGGGCGUCAUGGGCGUUUGUGAUGGAGCGCUAUUGCGGCACGCUGCAGCCCGCGAUCCGCAGCCGUCGGUUUCCCUACUCAUCUCUCAACCGCUAUGUCCUCGAUCAGGCUCGUCUUGUGCAGAUCAAGCUCAUCUACGGUCCUCAUGCGCGUUCUCAGCUCGCGCUCAGCCCACCUGCUACUGCACCUAAAGGAAGACGUGUCCCAGGAUACGACACUUGCAUCCUCCUUCCUGCUCGCCGCAACACGUCGCUAGAUCGCAGCCUAUCAAACAAGAUCACCAGUGCACUCUGUACUCGGUUUGAAAGCAUUCCCCCGCACAUCCUCCGCCGUGCGCUGCCUGCGGAGAUCGAGGAAUGGGGAAAGGUGCGUGUACUGAAUGAUGGUGACACCAUCCGGGCGGCUGCUAUGGACAAGCCGGGAGAGGAUGCACGCGAUGCCACAUUUGUUCGGUAUGAGGUACUAGUUGACAGGAACACGCGCCAUCGCAACCGCCCGAUAGUCCUCGAGCCCAAAACCCUGUACGGACAACUUCAACGUAUCUUCGUCGUCCAGCUGUCUACCAUGCCGGCGACGAUUCAUGCGUCCGAGCCCCCUCCCCCUGUUCUCCUCGCCGCCAUCCAAACCUGUGAUAUACAGCGUUCCAACAACGAACUCGACAUCCACUACUACUCCAGGUUGGGUGCGAUUGACUACGUCGAUAUUACAACCAUCCAGUGUGUCGUCGGGCGCAUCAAGGACCGCGGCCAAUAUGCAAUAAUUGACCGCAGCGGUAGCCUCUCACGCGCCCUAUACUUGGAUGGCGAAGACUAA